UGCGUCGCGACGCGCCGUGCGCGCCCCCUGCGUCGCGACGCGCCGUGCGGGGCUAAAGUUUGGGCUGGAGCCGGGGAGAAAGGAUCGGUUGGCGGGUCCCGGACGCUGGGCCGCACCGCGCCGCCAGUUCCAAUAGAAAUCCAAUGUCACCAUCUCUGGAAUUGCACACUGCAGAAGGAGCCCGUUCGACCCAUCCUGCCUGGGCUGGCUCUUAGCAAGAGCUUUGCACUUAUUUCCUCUUCUUGUGCAUAGCUCUGGAAGUUCUUUCUUCUCAAUAACCUUUCCCUGAUGGCCCAAUGCAGCAUUCUCGUUCUGCUACUUCUGACCCCAAAGGUCUUUCGAUGUGGAGCUGAAGAUAAAGACAAUCCAAGUCAGUUUCAGUGUGUCUGUGAGGACAAUUCGUGUGGGAGGCCUGUAUGCUAUGGCCAAUCCUGUUUUGCUUCAGUGACACAAAAUGGAGAAGUUCCUGUGUACAGGAAAGGUUGCUUCAAUGAUGAUCAAAGUGGACUGAUGUGCAAGACCCCACCCUCUGAAACCCAAGUAGUGCAGUGCUGCAAUGGAAACCUGUGCAAUAGGAAUAUUACAGCAAUGCCACUUCUUUCUCAAGCACCAAAAGGAGAGCCAAUCGAGUACAGUGUGGAGACGCUAAUAAUUUUUGUUGUUAGUACAGUCAUAGUGCUGAUAGUUUUGUCCCUUGUUGCUGUCCUGAUUUGUCGCAAAAUUCACCAGAAUAGGAUGGAAAGGUUACAUGCUCGUGAUGCCGAGAAUGGAGCAAUUGAUGGCCUUAUAGCUUCCAAUGUGGGAGAUAGUACACUGGCGGAUUUGCUUGAUCAUUCUUGUACAUCAGGCAGUGGAUCAGGUUUGCCAUUUCUGGUACAACGCACAGUUGCCAGACAGAUUACCCUGGUGGAAUGUGUAGGAAAGGGGCGUUAUGGAGAAGUGUGGAGAGGCCAGUGGCAAGGUGAAAAUGUUGCUGUAAAAAUCUUCUCAUCGCGAGAUGAAAAAUCCUGGUUUCGAGAGACGGAAAUUUAUAAUACGGUUCUUCUUCGUCACGAGAAUAUAUUAGGUUUCAUUGCUUCAGAUAUGACUUCAAGGAACUCUAGCACUCAACUGUGGCUCAUCACUCAUUAUCAUGAAAAUGGUUCACUCUACGAUUAUUUACAGCGUAACACAGUGGAUACUGUGGUCUGUCUGAAUUUUGCCUUAUCUAUAGCCAAUGGUCUGGUACACCUCCACAAUGAAAUUUUUGGAACUGAGGGAAAACCUGCAAUUGCUCACAGAGAUUUGAAAAGCAAAAAUAUCUUAGUGAAAAAGAACCUGCAUUGUUGCAUUGCUGAUCUUGGGUUAGCAGUGAUGCAUUCACAGACUAAUAAUCAAUUAGAUGUUGGAAAUAAUCCUAAAGUGGGCACGAAACGUUACAUGGCACCAGAAGUACUUGAGGAAUCUAUUCAAGUUGAUUGUUUUGAUGCCUACAAGCGCGUGGACAUCUGGGCCUUUGGACUUGUAUUGUGGGAAGUAACUAGAAGAACGUUCAGUAACGGGAUUGCUGAAGAAUACAAACCUCCGUUCUAUGAUCUGGUGCCGAAUGACCCUAGCUUUGAAGAUAUGCGAAAAAUUGUAUGUGUGGAACAGCAAAGGCCAAAUAUUCCUAACAGAUGGUUCUCUGACCCUACCUUGUCUGCUCUUGCCAAGCUGAUGAAGGAGUGUUGGUACCAAAAUCCUUCUGCGCGACUCACUGCAUUACGUAUCAAAAAGACCUUAGGGAAAAUAAGCAACUCGUUAGAGAAAGUGAAAAUGGACUGCUGAUUGGAAAAUGAGUACCGAUAUUUAUCACUGUCAACAAAUAUAAUGAGAUCUACUGGAUGGGAUGAAAAGCAGAUCUCAAGCUGCCCAUUAUUCUGUUUUUACAGUUAAACAUAUGGCAGUAACAGAGUGUCAGCAAGGGCACCAUGGUUAUGUGGCAGAUGGAUCAUUGUCUUUAACCAGACCAAUCACUCAACCAUGGCUGUUCCUCUUGAUACAAAUAGUCAGGCAGUGGUUGGUUGCUUACUCACUGGCCGCGCUCUAAUUUGAGUUCUAUUUGGAAGAGGAAGUUUUGCACUAAAUAUUUUUUUUGCAUUGCUGUACAAUUAUCAAGUAGGCUGCAAUAGCCCUGACCUGUGUAUUUAUAUUCAGUCUGUAAAAUAGCAUGCAGGUUUUAAUUCUGAAUAGGCAAGACAUGAUGGCUUUGUUACAGGAGAUACUUGAACCAUCUAAUGGUCAUUGGACUAUAAUAUAAAGCUACAGUGGUCCUUAUGUUUUAAUGUGAAAGGGGGACAUAUUCACCAGCUAAUAGUGGUGGUGCCUUGACACUUAUGAUAGUUGUUUAAGGUUAAGUUACACAACUGAGCUAAGGAAUACUUUCCACAGUAGUAUGUGUAUCAUUUUAAAGCUAAUGUUCAUGCAGAUUGUGUUUGCCUUUGGUGCUGUAUCCAAGAUUUAAAAUUAUUUUUAUAUUUUCAUCAUAGGAAGUAACAUUUGUCUUUUGAGUUACAGGUUAGAAUUUGUUCUUUUGCCUUUUUUAUCUCAAAUCAUAGAGAGACUUGAUUGGCCUCUGAUUCUUCUCAUUGUUAACUAUAGUUAAGAAAAUUAUAGUUUGUCUUUACGUAAGUGCCCAAUUAUUUAACUUAAUCAUGGUCAAAACACUCCUGUAAUAAGUCUUCCUGAAAAUGACCAUGGAGAGUAAAGGAAAUUAUUAAUUUCCACCUUGUUCAAAGUGGCAAACACUAAUAAGGACAUUGUACAGGAAGGGACUAUAGCCUUCAAACAUUGCUUCCCUGUAUAGUCGUUGGAAGAUAAGGAAAUUAGUCACAGAUACUUAAAAGAAAAAAAUGAUCUCCAUUGAUGAGAAUUGUUUCCCUAAAAUACUGUAAUAGAACACUAAUAUGGUCUUUAAUGUAAAUGUAUGCAGCCUGCUGUGUUGCCUUUUGUUAUUGUGUGUUUUAAUUUGUGCAAUGGGUCUCACAGAGUACUCGACAUAUUAUGUAGUUUUAAACAAAAGGGCUUACUGGGUUAUUUUAUGUGAAAGUAUCUGCAUUAGUAAACAGGUUAAUUUCAUUUGGGACAUUUGAGGUGCUUUACCAUUUGGUGAAUUGUGCAACAAAUAUCAUUUUUGCACUGUAAUACUUAUCACUACUUAAGUAUAUUUGCUUUCAAAAAGCAAUAAUUGCAUUUUAAAACUUAAUAUUCCUGCAAUUUUGUGCACAGACGAAGCAUCAUGACAUAACUGCAGCCUAAAUUAAUGUCCCUCACUAUGCUUUGUAACCUGGUUGCUUACAGUAUCCAUUUACAAAUAACUUUUAAACAAAACAUUUAUGAGCAAUAUUAACUACUAUGUCACAUUUAUUUAGUGCUGCAUUAUAAGAUGCAACAACUAUGGUUCAAGUUUCAGUGUUCACACUUAGAAACAUUAUUUAAGCCUUAAUUCUUAGGACUGGUGCAAUUUUUUGCUAUUUUAAAAAUACACCAAUCUCCAAGUUUUUCAUUUAAUUCAGAAAACACUAAUAAAGGUAUGUCCUGUGUGUUAUUCA